AUGAGGACAAUGGCCGCAGCUCGGAUCGCGCUGUUGACAGACGUGGAAGGAAAUUGGCAGUACGUGCGCGAUGUCGUGCGUCAAUCAUCGUGCUUACAGCUGAAUGAUAAAGGUCAAGAAGAAACACUGGAGCUUCGUGAUGACUGUAUGCUGGUAUUCGGCGGUGAUGCCGGGGAUAAAGGAGACCAUACACUCAAGUGUUACGAGCAGCUAGUGAGUCUCAAAAAACGGCAUCCGGAGCACGUCGUCCUGCUUGUGGGCAAUCGUGACGUGAACAAAAUGAGGUUCACAUCGGAGCUGCAUGACACAGAGAUGAAUUUGCAUUCGAUGGCGAAAGAGGUGCUGGAAGGCCCGAUGUGGGUGCCUGAGGACAAACGCAUGACGUUAAAGCAGUAUUUGGCUAAUGAGCAAAAACGAGAAUACCGUGAUGUUGCGGAGGACACAAUCGAAGCUGCGAAUACCAAGACAAACCGGCUGAAAUGGAUGCUUGAGCACACAAUGGGAGCACAGGGAGAUUUUGAACGUAGACGAAAUGAGCUGAUGGUGCGUCGCGAGGUUGACAACGUGACAAAUGAAGACGUUGUAAAGUCGUAUUUGGAUAGUGUGAGGGAAGGAGGUGUACUGCGUGAGUUUUUGCUGCACGGGAGUCUGGCGUUUGUGGCACAUCAGACAUUGUUUGUGCAUGGCGGUAUCAUUCACGGCGACAAUGACGCGAGUUUGUCUGCGUUGGGCCGAGUGCCUGAUGAACCGUCAAAGCAUUUUGACUCGGUUUUGGAGUGGGUAGAUAGGCUGAACGCUUGGUAUAAGAACCAAGUGCAGGAGUGGAUUGAACACCCAACAUGGAAUAAAGACCAUUCAUUUCGUGGUGGGAACGAGCUGCUUCAAUACGUACUACCGGGUGAUACUGGCAGUGUUGUCAUUGGCCGACAUCUGAUGGCGUCAGGUAUGCCAAUUCUGCUUCCAGACACGAUUGCGUCUCAAUUGUCCGAAAAUCGAAUUCGACGUGUGAUUGUUGGACACACACCUCACGGCAAUUGCCCGACCGUUGUCAAGCAGCCCCAUCAGGAAAAAGAUACCUGUGCGGCAGAUCGUAGCGAUGAUGAAGUGGUUUUCCAGGAUGUUAUCAUGUGUGACACAAGUUAUAGCGACGCAAACGCCCGAGACAAUCGCGGAGGCGCUGCAUCUUCGGUGGUAGUUGAGGCGGCCGGCCGACUUCUUGUAAAUGGUGUUUUGGAGGACGGUCAGUGCAUCGCGUAUGACGACGAUGAUCCAUGGGUCGGUCGAUGGCUUCAGGAUGGAAGCAUGGUAAAAGCUCGUCUUGCCAAUGAAGGAGCAAGCGGAGAAGAAGAUUCGUAUCUGGUAUUUCGUGUGGAGAUUGGCUAUUCGUACUCGUAUUGUUAUCACACAAUCACCCAACUUCGUGACAUUGGUCUGAAGAAAUGA